CAAAAACGUCAGUCUCCACCAGCUUUCAGACCAUACUCUAUCGUUUUUCGUAGCAUACAAAGUAUAGCCGUAAAGGGUAAUUUGGGUGAAUAGCUGAAUAUUGAAUUCCUUCGUAUUGGCACUAGAAGGAGGCAGGAAGCAGUGUCUGACCAUAUCUGCAAGAGUUUUCGUUUUUCAAAGCAUAGGAAGAAUGUGGCUCAAUUGGACAAUUUUUAAUAAUUUAUAUUAAAAAUUGUAAGUUGACCAAAGAAAGGAGAAAGCAGAUUCAAUGGCCGGCUUAUCUUUCACUUUCAAGUUUCUACAGCAUUUGUUUUUUGUGUUCAUACCGAAGGAUGCUGAUUUUAAAGUAGAGGCUUUAGAACAUUAUGGUCACUGUCACAGAGAUAGCUCAUAGCAUAGUAAAUGGAGAGCUUGGUAUCUAUGGUGUAUCUUUUCAUAUUGUUGUCUUUACUGCAGUGUUUAAACUUUGGUCCUGCUGCAGCAGUAGCUCAUGCUGGAAAUGGCGAUGGAGUGCAGCCAUUGUCCAAAAUUGCCAUCCACAAGGCGGUCUAUGCACUUCAUGAAAAUGCUUCUGUCAAAGCACACCCACUUGUUCUUGGGGUGAAGGGGGGAGAUUCUGACUGGGUAACUGUGGAAGUUGAAUGCCCUAAACCUUCUGAGGAUGAUUGGGUUGCAGUCUUUUCUCCUGCAAACUUCAACUCGUCUACCUGUCCACCUACUGAGGAUAUGCAACAGUUUCCUUACAUAUGCUCAGCCCCAAUAAAGUACAAAUAUGCUAAUGAUUCCAAUGCUGAAUACAACAAGACUGGAAAAGCUUCGAUAAAUUUUCAGUUGAUCAAUCAGCGGGCAGAUUUUUCAUUCGCAUUAUUUUCCGGCGGGUUAUCAGAUCCAAAACUGGUGGCAGUUUCAAAUGUAAUAAGUUUUGUUAACCCAAAGGCACCUCUGUAUCCACGCCUUUCUCAAGGGAAGUCUUGGAAUGAAAUGACGGUGACCUGGACAAGCGGCUAUAACAUUAUUGAAGCUGUACCUUUCGUUGAGUGGGGUCAGAAAGGAGAAUCUCAAACUCGAUCACCUGCUGGAACACUAACAUUCCAUCGAAACAGUAUGUGUGCUCCACCAGCCCGAACAGUUGGUUGGCGUGAUCCUGGUUUCUUCCAUACAAGUUUCUUAAAGGAUUUGUGGCCAAACUCAGUGUACACUUAUAAGCUUGGUCACAAGUUACUUAAUGGUUCUUAUGCGUGGAGCAAGAGCUACUCAUUCAAGUCAUCGCCAUAUCCAGGGCAGGACUCGUUACAGCGAGUUGUAAUAUUUGGAGACAUGGGAAAGGCAGAGAGAGAUGGUUCGAAUGAGUACAGUAAUUAUCAGCCUGGCUCACUUAACACCACAGAUCAAUUAAUCAAGGACUUGAAAAACAUUGACAUAGUCUUUCAUAUAGGAGACAUUACAUAUGCAAAUGGAUAUAUCUCACAGUGGGACCAGUUCACAGCACAGGUGGAGCCCAUUGCAUCAACUGUGCCAUACAUGAUUGCAAGUGGCAACCAUGAACGUGACACACCCAACUCAGGAUCCUUCUAUGAUGGAAAUGAUUCGGGUGGUGAAUGUGGGGUGCUAGCUGAGACCAUGUUUUAUGUUCCUGCUGAGAACAGAGCUAAGUUUUGGUAUUCAACAGACUAUGGCAUGUUCCACUUUUGUAUAGCUGAUACUGAACAUGAUUGGAGGCAGGGUUCCGAGCAGUACAAGUUCAUUGAGAAGUGCCUAGCAUCAGCAGACCGGCAGAAGCAGCCCUGGUUGAUCUUUGCUGCUCAUCGUGUUCUUGGUUAUUCCUCUAGCUAUUGGAGGGAUGGCACAUUUGCGGAGCCUAUGGGAAGGGAAAGCUUGCAGGGACUUUGGCAGAAGUACAAAGUAGAUAUCGCGUUUUUUGGACAUGAACAUAACUAUGAAAGAACGUGCCCAGUUUACCAGUCUCAGUGCAUGAAUAUGGAAAAAUCUCACUAUUCAGGUGUUGUAAAUGGGACAAUCCACAUCGUUGUUGGUGGGGGAGGGAGCCAUUUAUCAGGAUUUGGUCCAUUCCAGACAUCUUGGAGUCUUUACAAUGAUUCAGAUUUUGGUUUUGUGAAGCUGACAGCAUUCAACCAUUCAUCUCUCCUGUUAGAGUACAAGAAGAGCAGCGAUGGAAAGGUCUAUGAUUCAUUCACCAUUUCCAGGGACUACCGGGAUGUGUUAGCCUGUGUACAUGAUGGCUGCGAACCAACCACUUUGGGUUCUUGAAGCCAUUGUUCCACCAUUAUCUUCUUUGAUUAAAGCAAACAAAUGCCAUAAUUUUUAUAAGCUCUUAUAUAUCAUAAAGAAUUAAAAUGAUCCCCCUUGAUUACCUGGUGGUAAUUUUUUUUAAAGCAAGAAGUGAAUUUGAAUCGAGUGUCCAUCUCUCUCAUUCAUUGAUGCCAACUCCAAAUUCAAUAUUGUGUCAACAAGGGUCCCCAAGCAUUUAUUUCACCGUAGGAGCCAGACCUCUUAAAGAAAUGCUUCUUUCUUCUCAAUAAAAAUGUUUCUUAUUCAUUGGUU